AUGGAUGGUGAUUUUGCUGGUGAAGAUGUUGUCAUUCGAAUGUGUGCUGGGGCUGCAUUGUCGGUCAUGGUUAUAGUUUUUACAUUUUUGAGGAGACUGGAGCAUCGUCGUAGAUCAAUAAGGUCUGGACCAAGUGAUGAAAGACUACGGCAGGAAAGGACUAGGGCAGCAUUGAUAAGUCGUAUCUAUCACGGUUAUAGUGAUAGCUGUCAAAACUUCGUUAGAAUGCGCUCAGGUGCCUUUAUGAAACUUGCAAAGUUAAUGAGGAAGAAACAUCUGUUAAAGGACUCUAGGCACAUUACAGUAGAGGAGCAACUGGCCAUAACAUUGAAUAUAUUGGGCCAUAAAUCCAAAAAUCGUAUGAUGAGAACGCAAUUCAUAAGAUCAGGGGAGACCGUUAGUAGAUACUUCAAUAGAGUAUUGCAAGCUAUUUCAUGCAUACAAGGCAAGUACAUGAAACAAGCACCGAAUGAAGUGCCUCAAGAGAUUCUAAGCAAUCCUUCAUUUUACCCAUUUUUCAAGGAUUGCAUAGGUAUGAUAGAUGGCACACAUGUGGAUGCCAUGCUACCUGCUUCACUCGUCGUGCGUUUCAGAGGGCGCAAAGGUGUCACACAAAAUGUUCUUGCGGCUUGCACACCAAACAAACUGUUCACCUACGUUUUAGCUGGUUGGGAGGGGUCGGCUAAAGACUAUAGAAUACUUCAAGAAGCGCUAUCUAGGCCGAAGCCAUAUGGCUUACGGGUUUACACUGGUAACAAGCUCGAUAACGAAAAUAAAUAUUACCUGUGCGAUGCUGGGUACACAACCCAACCGGGUUUUAUUUCCCCAUAUCGCGGUGUUCGUUACCAUCUGAAGGAAUUUACGGGCCGAACACCUCAAAAUAGGAGGGAGUUAUUCAACCUUAGACAUUCAUCUUUGAGGUCUAAGAUUAAAGCUACCUUCGGUAUAUUGAAGAGUCGUUUCAAGAUACUCACAGCAAAACCCCACUACCCCUUCCCCGUACAAGUUGACAUCGUUUUGGCAUGCACAGUUCUCCAUAACUACAUUGCAACAGUGGAUCCAGAUGAUGAGUUGCUCAAUGAGAGCUUCGACUUUGAAGAGGAAGUUCUUGCAGAGGAAAUUAAUGAAGAGGCCAAUGUUAUGGAUUUCACUCGGCCCCAAUCGGUAAGAGAACAAAGCGCUUCAAAGGAUGAGUGGAGGUCUCGAAGAGAUCAAAUCGCUUUGGACAUGUGGACCGAUUAUUGUCAUAGGUAUCGGCAUGGUGACACGUCUGAAUACCGAUUAUUGUCAUAG